AAAGAAAUAAACAAAUAUGACGUAUCCAUAAUCCAUUGAUUCCCUCCACGUAAAUAAUGCAUGGUCAGAAAGAAAUCAUCUGCCGUCAAUUCAACUACUCAAGGGUAAUCCUCCUCUCUCUCCACCUAAAACUGGAGGAGGAAAAGUUUGUUCAGGAUUUAGGUUGCUGCAACAACUAAUUUCAAUUCGACCUGAGAUUAAAUGCUCAGGGCAAAUGUCAACUGUUCUUUAAUCCAUAGUCCAAGGCAAAUCAUACUUGGAAGCACCUUUAAGUCAUGGAUAAUUAAGUACCAUCCAGCUCAGAAACCGUUUUCUGCUGUUUCUGUCAAGGCCUUGAAGGAUGAGACAGAUGGCGGUAGAAGCAGCUUUCCAGGCCGAAGCUGGGAUCCUGGCAUGGAAAUUGAGGUCCCUUUCGAACAAAGACCGGUGAAUGAGUAUGCAUCUCUGAAAGAUGGACCCUUGUAUUCUUGGGGGGAGCUGGCUCCAGGGCCACUUUUCCUCCGUCUUGGAGGUCUCUGGUUAGUGACCUUCACAGUUCUUGGAGUUCCAAUCUCAGCUGCAAGUUUCAAUCCUGAAAGGGAGCCAUUAAGAUUUGUGCUGGCUGCUGGAACAGGAACUCUGCUUCUUGUGUCAUUAAUCAUCCUUCGGAUUUAUCUGGGAUGGAGUUAUGUUGGAGAUAGACUUCUAUCUGCGGUUGUCCCAUAUGAAGAGAGUGGAUGGUAUGAUGGACAAAUGUGGGUAAAGCCACCAGAGGUCCUAGCUCGCGAUAGAUUGUUGGGUUCUUACAAGGAAAAUUCUAGCCUCCAGGUUAAACCAGUCAUCUCACUGUUGAAACAAACGCUAGUCGGAACGGGUGCAUUACUUGUCACAGCAGUAUUAUUAUUUGUCUUUGCCACACCAGUCCAGAAUUUCUUUCAAAACAACUCUGCCACAAAAGAGAACCCAUCAAAUGUCAACACAAAGUAUAAUGUUAGAAAAGAAGAGUUGCUUAGUUUGCCAGUAGAGGUUAUGGCUGAUGAUGAUUUGGCGGCAGCUGCUGCCAAGGCUGCUGAUGGAAGACCAGUCUACUGCAGAGAUAGACAUUACCGUGCAUUAGCAGGUGGGCAGUACUGCAAAUGGGAAGAUCUACUCAAGUAAUGAGAGAAAAGACCCAUUUCCAUAAAUUUGUAAUUUUUGUUCACUGGAGUACAAGUUUAUGUUUAAAAUUUCCCCCCUUUAUCUUGAAGGAAUAGUUAGCUUUCUAAAAUUCUGAAAAUACACGCACCUACACAAGAAUGAUACUCUGGAAAAGAUCAAACCAACCAACAUGUGGAUCGAUUUCAAGGAAACAAUGCCAGUAUCCUUGCCUAUGCAUUAGGAAAAAGAAUAUAUAGGAACCCCCAAUUGGGCCUGCAGUUUAUUCUUGACAAGAUGUACACGACUGAAAUACAAAGCAGCAAAUAAGAGCUACAAUGGUUAAUC